AUGGACGGAAAAACUAAGAUCACGAUGUUGAUUGCUUCAUGCGACCUAUUCACAACGAAAGAGGAGUUGCAUCACUGUCUCGAACAUUCUUCUGAUGGACCAAGAGGUGCUUCCAAAACACAAAUUCAAAAAGUCCAAGUACCUUCCAACAUCCCAUCUACAAAGGAGGAAUCUCUCGAAUGGAGUGCAUUAUAUUGGCCUAUUUCUUGGAAAGGUAACCCAAACCACCAAGAUUUGAAGAAUGCGAGUUUUGAUAUUGUCAAAGAAAAGAAUAUGAUAGAAGCUCUCCUUGAGCUAGCGAAGAGAGAACUGGGAUUCGGGUGUGCAACUUUAAUUGCCAAAGACAAUCAGCAGUCGGAGAUGGAGGUAUGGGCUACUGCUAUUGAUGCUCGCGAGAAGCACCCGUUACGACACAGUGUCAUGGAGGCCAUAGGCCAGAUUGCUCAAAAUGAAAGACUCAAAAGGCUGGCGAACGAAACUUCAUCGCUUCCGCAUUAUCUUUGCCUGGAGUUAAUUGUCUACACCACACAUGAACCUUGCAUCAUGUGUAGCAUGGCCCUAGUUCAUUCUAGAAUCGAUCGAUUGGUGUAUUUGAGGCCGCACGCUAAUGGUGGUAUAGAGUCCUCAUAUUUCAUAGGUGACAGAAAGGACCUCAACUGGAAGUUCGAGAUUUGGCGUUGGUUGGGGAAGGAAGAUGAAGUACUAGAAUUGCCCAGAAGCGUAAAUCCUUGA